CAAAUUUAUACUCCCACGGAAUAAUUUCUCCUCCCCGUUUUGACAUAGGCUAGGGUUUGCUUUUAAUCUUCUACAGCUGUUCGUAGCUGCUCGGCUUUGCCCGCUUUCACGUUUCCGUGAGAGGUAGAGUUUCAACGAGUCGCUAACAGACUUCUUCGCCUUCUUCGACGACGUUCCUUUCUUGUCGGAUCGGAAGUCAGCUCGCUGUUCUUCUGUUGGAUCCGAAACAACGACAACGGCAGGGAGCUCGCUCGUUGAGAAGGUCAUGAGUUUUUCUGGGCGAUCUCUAUCUAGCAUGAUGGAGUUAAGCAGUCUUAAAGAUACAUUCGACAGAGUUGCCAAGAAGCAAAAGCUCUCUUCUUCGGGGAACCUUCAUUUGAUUGAUCAAGUUGGUAAUGAAAUAGAAAGCGCAGUUACAAAAAUGGAAGCUGCAAAUGCUGAUCUGGAUUCUAUUAACCAUAAAUCCAUUUUGAGAGAGCUGAGGAAUAAGCUAAAUGAGAUGAGCCCACUAAAUCAUCUUGAAGGGUCCCAGAAGGAACUGAAUGUUGUGCUUGGAAAAUAUGUGAAGAUCCUCGAGAAAAAUUUUAAUUCUGACAUUUCAAAGGCCUGGAAAUAUGGUUUUGAUGUGCACACAAUAAACCAUAUCAUCACGAGCCAUUUUUACCGACAGGGCCUUUUUGAUCUUGGUGACUGCUUUGUGCAAGAGGCUAAUGAACCGGAUGCUGCUGCUGUAAUCGAAGCAAUGAAGGCUAGGGACCUUGGACCUGCUCUAGAAUGGGCAUCUGCACAAAGUGCACGCUUACUCAGUGAUGGGUCAAGCCUUGAACUUAAGCUUCACCAGCUUCAUUUUGUGGAGAUAUUACAGAAGGGAGACAAGAAUGAGGCUAUUAAACAUGCAAGGACAUACUUGGCUCCAUUUGCCUCUGUGCACAAGGUUGAAAUUCAAAAGUUGAUGGCUUGCCUUCUUUGGGCAGGACGGUUAGAGCAAUCACCUUAUGCAGAGUUGUUGUCACCAUCACAUUGGGAGAACAUGAUCGAGGAGGUUUCCCAGCAAUUCUGCAGCCUGAUGGGUCAGUCGCAUGCAAGUCCAUUGAGUGUUGUAAUAUCAGCAGGAGUUCAAGGCUUGCCAACUUUGCUGAAGAUGGCGAGCGUCAUGGCAGCUAAAGGGCAAGAGUGGCAAGCCAUGAAGCAACUACCAGUUCCGGUAGAUUUAGGGAGGGAGCUUCAGUUUCAUUCAAUUUUCGUCUGUCCCGUACUUCGUGAGCAAGGCAAUGAUGAGAACCCUCCAAUGUUGAUGCCUUGUGGUCAUGUGCUGUCUAAGCAAUCUAUAGUGAAGUUGUCAAAGAGCAACACACGGGCUUUCAAGUGUCCCUAUUGCCCGUUGGAGGCGACCGUCACCCAGUGCAAGCAGCUACACUUUUAGAAUCCCAUUACAUAUUCAUGAUUUGUGCUUCCUCGGUAUUGUGUAGCUUUGACACUAGUUACUUCCAAUUAGAUGUUUACAUUAUAUAUGUUUAAACUGUGCCAUGCUUUUCCUAUUGUCUUUUUUGGUCCUUGUAAUUUGCUGCUGUAUCACGUUCAUCUGCUGUCCUCUUUUACUACUAUUUUUUUUUCUUUUUUGUUAGAAAAAAAAUAACACAUUUACUGGCA